CUUUGAGAAGGCAGCAGGUGAGGAAACUAUCUUAUCCCCUUCCACCUCGCUCGCUUUCUCCAACUGCAAUGGCUUCCUUCACUACAUCUUCUCCUUCCUCCUCGCUCCUCCCCAAAACUCUACUUCCCAUAACCCACCUGACACGCUUCCCUACACUCUCUAUCGGGAAAUGGAACCAUCCUCUGCUCCGGAGCAUCUCCACCGCGGAGUCUCGCCGUCGGGUGGCGAUUGUCAAGGCUGCGACGGUGGAUUCGGAUUAUUCAUCGAAACGGAGCAGUAGCAACGAGCAGAGAGAGACGAUAAUGCUUCCUGGAUGCGACUACAACCACUGGCUGAUUGUGAUGGAGUUUCCCAAGGAUCCGGCGCCAACGAGGGACCAGAUGAUUGAGACUUAUCUCAACACUCUCGCUACUGUUCUUGGAAGCAUGGAAGAGGCAAAGAAGAACAUGUAUGCGUUCAGUACCACCACGUAUACUGGAUUUCAAUGCACCAUUGAUGAAGAAACAUCUGAGAAAUUCAAGGGUUUGCCUGGAGUUCUCUGGGUUUUGCCUGACUCUUACAUAGAUGUCAAGAACAAGGACUAUGGAGGCGACAAGUACAUCAAUGGAGAGAUCAUCCCCUGCACAUACCCAACAUACCAACCAAAGCAGCAGCGCAACAACUCCAAGUAUCAAAGCAAGAGGUACGAAAGAAAAAGAGACGGUCCACCUCCUGAGCAGCAGAGGAAACCAAGACAAGAACCAGCCGCUUCUGAUUCCUCUUGAACUAUUGAUAAGACAAGUCCCUUGGUAACGGAGUGUUUGAGAUUUUGAUCAAUCGGUUAGUCCCUAGCUUAUUCAAACCAGAUGUUAAAUCGUCUAGUAUCAGUGACGAUACUGUUUCAUCAUCGUUAGGAACAAUCGUUUAUGGUUAUAAUGAUUUGAACUUUAUCUGGUUUAAAGUU